UUCCUGUUAUUUGGCUGUCUUCAGAUCCCUUCAGUUGACGGUUCUCUGGAAUUUGAAAAUUGUUGUAGAGUUAGACGGUGACGUGGAUGGUUCGGUCUAAUCCAACCAAACGUGACAAGGUGAAGGAGCCGCACAGGUCGAGGACGGAGUGAGGAGGAGCCUUGUUGUGGACAGGCCGAGGACGGAGUGAGGAGGAGCCUUGUUGUGGACAGGCCGAGGACGGAGUGAGGAGGGGACCUCGUUGUGGACAGGCCGUGGUGAUGAAUUUCUCCGAACUGUUCAAACAGUCGAAUCAACUGUGCAGGCUGUCGCCUGACGGGAAAUAUUCUGCUGUUUGUGUCCAGUACCGACUUGUAAUUCGUGAUGCACUGACCUUGCAGAUCCUGCAUCUGUACACCUGUUUGGACCAGAUUCAGUAUAUUGAAUGGUCUGCAGACUCUCUCUUCAUCUUGUGUGCAAUGUAUAAGCGUGGACUUGUGCAGGUCUGGUCUUUGGAGCAGCCUGACUGGCACUGCAAGAUUGACGAGGGAUCAGCUGGGUUAGUGGCUUCACGCUGGAGUCCAGAUGGACGUCACAUUCUCAACACUACAGAAUUCCAUCUGAGGAUCACUGUCUGGUCAUUGUGCACAAAAUCAGUAUCUUAUAUAAAGUAUCCCAAGACCUGUCAGCAUGGGAUGGAUUUCACCAAAAAUGGGCACUACAUGGCACUGGCAGAAAGACGAGACUGCAAGGAUCACAUCAGUAUCUUUGUGUGCAGUGAGUGGCAGCUGUUGAGGCAUUUUGAGACUGAGACCCAAGACCUGGCUGGUAUCGAAUGGUCACCUAACGGCUGUGUGCUGGCAGUAUGGGAUUCUUGUUUGGAGUAUAAAAUUCUACUUUAUUCACUGGAUGGACGUCUCCUGUCCACCUACAGUGCAUAUGAGUGGUCUCUUGGUGUGAAAUCUGUGGCAUGGAGUCCAAGCAGCCAAUUUUUGGCCAUUGGGAGUUAUGAUGAAAAGGUAAGAAUCCUAAACCAUGUGACUUGGAGGAAGCUCGUGGAAUUGGAACAUCUCCCAACCAUCAGAGAUCCAAAAAGUGUUAUCUAUAAGGAGGUAGAAAGUCGCCAACGUCUGGGUGGUGAAGACAUGUCCUUUCCUCCAAUUCUAACUGAGAAAAGCUCUUUAUUUAGUUCAGAGAGUAAAUACGAGAUUUGCCAGCCUCCAGUUGAAGUUCCUGUGAUAAAGCCUGACCCAGAUCGAGCGAAUCCUAAAUUAGGUGUUGGGAUGUUGGCCUUCAGUCCUGACAAUCGUUUCUUAGCAACCAGAAAUGAUAAUAUGCCAAACACUGUGUGGAUAUGGGAUGCUCAGAAAUUUAAGCAGUGUGUGGUCUUGGAGCAAUUGUCUGCAGUGAAAUCCUUCCAGUGGGAUCCAUGCAGGGCCCGCCUUGCUGUUUGUACUGGCAGCAAUAAAGUAUAUCUUUGGUCUCCUGCUGGGUGCCUAACUGUGCAAGUUCCAGCUGAAGGUAAUUUCCAGGUUUUGUCAUUGCACUGGCAUCCCAACGGAGACUCUAUAAUACUACUGAGUAAAGAUCAAAUGUGUGUUUGUUAUUUAGAUACUGCAGAUGCAAGUUAAACAUUGCCUACUUCCUAGAGUUUGAGGAUGCAAGUAUGCCAGUGUCUGAUUGCAGUUGUAUCUGUCAUGUCGCAGUCUAUUCCUGUUGACAGCAAGCAAACAUUGUAGACCAACUGCAGCAAUACCAAAUACUGAAAUGCUUUUUUCCUAUUGUAUGGAAAUGUAGAAACAAAUUUUGAAAACUUUACUUUCACAGUCCAUUAUGUGAAGCGAUUCAGUAGCAAAACCAUUUUUACAAAAAUGCACUCAGGUUUUAUUUUACAGAAUUUUUUAUUGAUUCUUCAUUAAAUUACUUUUCUUUUUGGGAGUUAUUUGUUUUGGUACUCCUGUCUGCUGUUCAGUUCCUUGUAAUUGAUCAACACUCGCUAUGGUUUAAGACACGUCUGCUGUGCUACUUCUGAAAAGUGGCCAGCAAACCAUCAGUGUUGAGCUGGAGGGAUAGAACCAGAGGUUGUUGAAAAAAAUACAAUCUCAAGUUCUACAGUCGCUACUAAAUUUGACUGCUGUAUUCAACAACCUGAACUUGCAACUAAAUGAAGAUUUUUUUUUUAAGUCAUCCAGCACAUCUUUAAAAGUAUUUUAUUAAUUGUAUUUUGAAACAUUGCAAAGAAAUGACCAGACGUUGUAUAAGUGUGUUAUUUAAGAUGACAUGUUUCCAGGAGCAUUGUUUGAAGUUCUGUGUAAUUUUAUCAAAAGCCAAGAGGUAAUUUAUUGUUUUGUUUGUUUUGGUUUUUGUUUUUGUGUUGCUCCCCUGUGCACUUGUUGCAAAGGUCUGCAGCUAUCUAAAACUUUUAAAGAUGUGAUAGAGAGUUCUAUUAAUAUAUAAUUGAACAUGACAGUUCAGUGGAUCUGUUGCUGUGAAAUUUUAUUCUGUAAUAUUAAUUGCACAAUUAAUAAUUUGUUCGAUACUGCAAAAACAUUGGUGCUGUGGAUUUUCUUUGAUCCACUGGUAAUCUUUAAAAUUAUGCCUUUGCAUUCUUUUGUAAAUAAAACUGAAGGCCCCAUCAAACAUGAAUUGAUAGACCAAGUACAAAAAAAACCUGUUUUCUUUACAUGGGCAGACCAUAUUGCUGAAACAUGACAUGGAGUUUUCAUAAAUAUUUGUAGCAUUUGA